AUGUCUUUGCAGUUGCGUCCCCGGAUCGCGACUCAGUCGACUUUCUGGGCGCCGGAGUCACUUUUAAACGGCUGGCAAGAUGUUCAAAUUGAGCAGUGCGCGUUGACAGCCUUCUUUCGGAAUUAUACGGUGUCACCCGCAGAUCAUUCACUUUCAGGCGGCUAUCUCGAUGGCCUGCAGUUUCUUCUGAACGAGGCUAAGCCGCAAAGCGAAAUGCUUCAGGCUUCAACAGUCAUUGCUUUGGCCAGCCUCGGCAAUCGACGUAAUAUAUACCCUCUUCUGGUGAGAGCAAGAUUGCUAUAUCUAAAUCUUUUGCGAUCAUUCAAUGCCACCCUAUCAUCGGACUCGGCAUCCAAAAAUGUGGUUCAGCAAUUCACAACUGCCAUCCUACUGGGUCUGUAUGAGAUCAUCACAGCAGAUGUGGCGAAUUCUAAGAAUCAUAUAGCUCAUGCUAGAGGUAUUGCUGCAAUACUGAACACAACAACCUCGCCAGUCGAUCUGGCGAAUUCCGGAAAGUUGUUCCACAUUGCCAAUGCACUCUGGUAUCACGAUCCGUUGAAUUUCCAAAGGCCGAAAAGUUUGGCUGUCGUUUGCGAUAGGUUCUCCAUCAACACAUGCCCUGCAGUCAAUACGAUUGUCAGCGACAUUCAUCCGGUUUUGCAAGAUGCUGAAGUGAUUCUGGCCAGCCCCUCAGCUCUAUCGGAUGACCUCCGCACGGUACUGCAGAAGGUUAUUAUUCUUGACAAAGAAUUUUCCAAAUGGGUACUAAGGCAGCCCGAUGCAUGGCAACCAAGAAGUCUCAGAUCUGAAAUUGGUCCAUCUCUGUCUUAUCCUAGCUGGUGGCCAGGAAGAUUGGACGUAUACCUCGAUUUAUAUGUUGCAGCAGCAUGGAAUGUCUUUCGCAAAACCCGUCUUAUGCUCCUGGACAUUAUGGUACGAUGCCUAUCUCGACUCCAGGAGAAAGACACCUACGGCCAGAAGCAGGCAGAAGCCACAGCUCUGGCUUAUCAGAUCAUGGCAUCCAUCCCAUUUCAUGUCGCAGAUAAUGUUGAAACCCUCUCUGAGCUUGGUCAUUCAACGACGGUGACGGUGAAUCCAGGGAGAGCGGUUGGUGGCCUACUACUGAUGCACCCUCUUUACGUGGCAGCAAACCUCUCAAUAGUUCCACGGCAUUUGCAAGAUCAGAUGAGAGAUUGUUUAGCAUGGAUUGGUGAGAAUAUGGGCAUUGGACAGGCUGCCGUAUUUUCGAAGGUCAGCACAUAA